AUGAAGGAUCCCUGCUGUAAACAAGUGUUAAACACAGUCUCUUAUCAUUUGAAGCAGAACUCUGUGUGCCUCUCACGAGCGGGGCCUAAAGCGGCGCGGCGGCGGGAAGAGGCGCGCGUGCGGCGACGGUUUCCGCUCAACUCGACAUCUCGUAUUCCUCCGCAUGUCCGCUUUCUUCGUAGAUGGUCUCCACCGAGCGUGUGUCUGGCGGAGGACGACGAGUCCUCGACGAAUAACAUGAAGGAGAUGAUUGGGGGUUGCUGCGUGUGCUCCGAUGAGCGGGGCUGGGCUGAAAAUCCGCUGGUAUACUGCGACGGACACGGCUGCAACGUAGCCGUGCACCAAGCUUGCUAUGGCAUUGUACAGGUACCCACUGGUCCUUGGUUCUGUAGAAAGUGUGAAUCUCAAGAGAGAGCUGCCCGUGUGAGAUGUGAGCUGUGUCCCCACAAAGAUGGAGCACUAAAGAGGACAGACAACGGAGGCUGGGCCCAUGUAGUUUGUGCCCUUUACAUACCUGAGGUUGAGUUUGCGAAUGUGUCAACUAUGGAGCCUAUAGUUCUCCAGUCUGUGCCACAUGAGCGCUACAACAAGACAUGUUAUAUCUGUGAGGACCAGGGCAGAGAGAGUAAAGCAGCCACUGGAGCCUGUAUGACCUGCAACAAACAUGGCUGCAGACAGGCCUUCCAUGUCACAUGUGCCCAGUUUGCAGGGCUGUUAUGUGAGGAACAAGGAUCUGAUGCAGACAACGUCAAGUACUGUGGAUACUGCAAAUACCACCACAGCAAAUUGCGAAGGAGCAGGGGCCGGGGUAGUAUGUCUCAAUGCUUAAGUGACUCUUCCUCUCAGUGUAUGGAUAGACCCCCAGAGAAGGACAAGAAGAAACACAAGGAGCGAGAUAGGCACAAACCAAAACACAAGAAGGCCCCCAUGGACAUGUCUCCAUCCCUCGUCCUUCCAAAUAUCAUGGUCCCAGACAAGACCUUCAACAGCAGCAGCUCAGGGGUAGGCGUCCCCUCCCUGUCAGCCGCGCAGAAGCGGCUCGAUGACAGCACUGCUCGUUUCACCAACGCCAACUUUCAGGAAGUGUCUGCCGUGCUCUCCAGCGGCAGCUCCAAAGAUGGCCUGGCUGCAGAGACUGGGAAAACGGCGGCUGAGGUGAAGAGUAAGAAGAACAGUGGUGGGAGUCACACGGUGGGACAGAGGGGCGGCCGCAAGUCUCUCACCUCCUCAGGGAAACCCCUUCCCUCCGCCGUGGUCACCAUGGCAACUUCCUCCACAUCUGCCUCUGCUUCCACUGGGCCUUUCCACCAAGGCCUCCUGUUGACUAGUGCCAGCAAGACCCCUUCUGCCCCUUCCUCCUCAGACUUCCUGAGUUUCUCUGACUCAUCCUUGCGUUCCGGGGGUGGAACUACCUUCUCCUCGCCACCAUCGUUCAGCAGCUGCCUUGUGAAGCCGAGCUCGGAAAGUGGAACUUCAGAGGGAACUACGCCACUUUUUGGUUCUCUUGUGUCAGCUACUACAGCUUCUGCAGUGGGUGGGAAGCUGUAUGAGAAUUCCCACAGCCACACUGCAAGCGAGACGACAAGCCUCAGUGGGUCCACUGGAUAUAAACGGCCCGUGCCCUCUGGUCCGGGGCCAGGCAUCGGCGGAGCAGUGACGGGAGGAGGGGAAGAUGGGGUGAAGAAGAAAAAGAAGGGCAACUGGCGAAACAGAUUUGGACCUUGCUUCACUACGGAUGUGAAGCCCUCAGAGCCAGCUCCCUCCCUGACUCUCCCUACCUCCUCCACAGUCAACACCUCCACCUCCUCCCCCUCGCCCUCUUCAUCCUCGGCGCUCUCAGGCCGGCCGGGUUUAGUCUCCAGCAGUGGAUUAGGAGUGGGAGUCGGAGGAGGAGGUGCAGGAGAGAGGGGGCUGGGGGUCAUGGGUGUCAGCGGUGGGAUUCAAAAGUCCCCGUCACUCCUCAGGAAUGGGAGUCUGCAAAGCAGCAGCGGCUCCACAAGCACUGGGCCAGGUGUUUUCUCUGGUGCUGAUGGGUCAUCGACGGGGACAGGGGCGGUCACCGUGGGCGUGUCCAGCUCAGAGUUGUCCCAGCAACAGCAGCCCACGCCCUCUCUUCCCCCUCCCUCUCCAUUCACUGCCACCGCUCCGCUAACCAGCACAGCCUCCCCACACGUGA